AGGCUUUAUUUCCUCCCCUGGUGAAUUAGUUAUCUGACUGCUGGGCUAGAGUGUGAAAUUAACCUAAGAAACUCUACUUUCAGAACCAUCAUGGACCCAAUGGAAAUGAGCACUGGAGGCAUGAGGCAAAGAAGAUCCCAGGAGCAGGCCAGGGGAGAAGAGGAAACACAAAUACUCAAUGGAGAAGCUGAACACCUGGAGAAAAUAACUGCCCACAUCCAAUGGAAGAGACACCUGGAGGUAAUGAAGGUGAAGAUACUAGACCAGGUACACAAUCAGCUGAGUGAUCUCUUAGACAAGACCUUGGAAGAAGCAGCUCAUUCCAGACCCCAGCAACUGAGCGUGGUCCCAGCAAAGAAGCAAAGCAGAAAGAAGGGUCAGCUACUGAAGAAGAAAGUCUUUGUCCCUCAACGGUCCUUGUCUGACACGUUGCUGGAGGUGGAACAUUUCCGCACAAUCCAUCACAUAUUUGUGGCCGUGCUCUGUAUCUUUGUCCUCAAACAAAUCAUUGUGGAUUCCAUCGAGGAAGGACGGUAUGAUUUAGAAGAGGGGGCAGGGUGGAAGGUCUUCCCACUGAU